UUUUUGUUUUUCUCCACCCUCUUACUCAACUUCCCUUGGCGUGUCUCUCCAAAGUCCAACCUCACACAACCAAACAAAAACCAAACCUAAAACCAUAACCGCUCUCAAAAACAAAAAACAAAACACAAAAAAGGUUUAUGUAAGUGUUCUACAAAAACACACACACACAGUACAACAAUUUCUCCAAACUCAAAUUCAAAUUCAAAUGCAAAUGCAAAUGCAAAUGCAAAUGAAACUCUUCUUCUUUUUCCUUCUUCUUUCUUUUGUAAAACCUGACUUAACUUCCGAACGCGCCGCCCUCUUAAACCUACGCGCCGCCGUAGGCGGCCGAACCUUUCUCUGGAACACCACCUCCGCAACUCCAUGUAACUGGUCCGGCGUCAAAUGCGACCAAAACCACACUCACGUUGUCGAGCUUCACCUCCCUGCCGUUUCACUCACCGGAAAACUCCCCGCCGGGGUAUUCCCCGACCUCCCUAACCUCCACACACUCAGUCUCCGCUUCAACUCCCUCUCCGGUCCUCUCCCCUCCGACCUCUCCGCUUGCACCUCCCUCCGUAACCUCUACCUCCAGCAGAAUACUCUCUCCGGCGAACUUCCGGCGACACUCAUCCAACUCACCGGUUUAGUCCGUCUGAAUUUAGCUUCUAACAACUUCUCCGGCAAAAUUCCGGUUGGGUUUCAAAACCUAACUCGGUUGAAAACGUUAUAUCUGCAAAACAACCGGUUCACCGGUUCUCUUGACGAGUUGAACCGGGUUGAACUCGAUCAGUUCAACGUUUCAAACAACAUGGUAAACGGUUCAGUUCCUGAAAAUUUACAAGCUUUUGGUAAAGAUUCGUUUUUGGGUAAUAGUCUCUUAUGUGGAAAACCCCUAAACCCUUGUCCUAAUGAAGGAGGUGCAAAUAGUGAAAAUGGGGGUGGAAAUAGAAAUUCUUCUGGGGUUGAUGAUAAUCAAGGGCUUGUGAAGAACAAGAAGAAAAGCAAAUUAUCCGGUGGUGCCAUAGCUGGAAUUGUUAUUGGGUCUGUUGUGGUUCUUUUGAUUAUAGUUUUUGCUUUGAUUCUUCUAUGCAGGAAUAAAAAUGGUGAAAAAACUAGUUCAAUUGAUGAAGUUGCUGCAACUUUGAAGCAUAAUCAGCAUGAUGAGGGGAUUCAUAGUGAGAAUGUUGGGAAUAGGAAUGGGUAUUCGUCGGCCGCGGCUCUGGCGGUGCCGGCUGUGGUGAAUGAAGGCGUUGUUGUGGGUGGUGGUGAUAAAAAAUUGGUGUUUUUUAGGAAUUGGGGUAAGGUGUUUGGUUUGGAGGAUUUGUUAAGAGCUUCUGCUGAGGUAUUAGGGAAAGGGACUUUUGGGACUUCUUAUAAGGCAGUUUUGGAAGUUGGUCCUGUGGUUGUAGCUGUGAAGAGAUUAAGGGAUGUGACCAUUUCUGAGAGGGAGUUUAAGGAGAAGAUCGAACGGGUCGGAACGAUGGUUCAUGAGAAUUUGGCACCUCUUAGGGCUUACUAUUAUAGUAGAGAUGAGAAGCUUCUUGUUCAUGAUUAUUUGCAUAUGGGAAGCUUAUCUGCACUUUUGCAUGGAAACAAAGGAGGAGGUAGGACACCUCUGACUUGGGAAAUGAGAUCGGGCAUUGCACUUGGAGCUGCUCGCGGUAUCGAGUACCUACAUUCGCAAGGGUCGAAUGUUUCACAUGGAAACAUCAAAUCAUCUAACAUCCUUCUAACCAAGACCUAUGAAGCAAGAGUGUCUGAUUUCGGUCUUGCACAUCUUGUUGGUCCUUCAUCCACACCCAAUAGGGUCGCCGGCUACCGUGCUCCCGAGGUAACCGAUCCUCGAAAAGUUUCUCAAAAAGCCGACGUAUACAGCUUCGGCGUUCUACUCUUGGAGCUUCUUACCGGAAAAGCUCCAACUCACGCCCUCAUGAACGACGAAGGAGUGGACCUUCCGAGAUGGGUGCAGUCGGUUGUUAAAGAAGAAUGGACUUCCGAGGUCUUCGACCUCGAACUCCUAAGGUACCAAAACGUUGAAGAGGAAAUGGUUCAGCUCUUGCAACUCGCAGUAGAUUGUGCAGCAACAUACCCCGAUAACCGCCCUUCAAUGUCGCAAGUACGACAGCAGAUAGAAGAGUUGCAUAAGUCUAGCUUGAAAGAGGGUUCUCAAGACCAAAUUCAACACCCUGAUUUGAUCAAUGACAUAGAUGAUAUCUCUUCUAGAUGAGUAUCUCAGAAGUCCCUUUAUCUAAUUUUUCCUAAAUUAUGUGUGCUUAUGUUGUAACUUAUUUAGGUUUUAAUUAUUCUAUAGGUCCCGAAGCGUAAUUUAAAACAGUUCAGGGACCUAGAGUGUAAUUUAAGUUUUUUUAGGUUUGGCCUCAAUUUUCAUUAGCACCCUCCAACUUUGAUGUAUUUUCUUUUCCUCUAUAAUUUCCACUGUACUAGUACUAUCUUAGGGGAGUGCAUAAUGCAUAUCUGUUCCAUUAGAGUUAUUUGGCUGUAGAUUCUUGUUGAAGUUGUUAUUAUUAUUCUUGCUUUAGCAUUAA